AGCCAAGAUGGCUGACAGCAUCCCGUUAAAUCCAGUACGGAAGAACUCGAAGCGAAUACCGUAUUACCACACAGCCAGACUUUCAAGACUGAACGAAGGUGAACUAAUGCAGCCCUCGGGGUCAGGAAUGGACAAUACUCCCUAGAAGAUGAGCCCUCCAACCUGGACGAGAUGCCUCUGAUGAUGUCGGAGGAAGGCUUUGAGAACGACGAGAGCGACUACCAGACGCUGCCCCGGGCCAGAGUCAACCAAAGACCGAGAGGCCUCGGCUGGUUCCUCCUGGGGGGGUGGAAAGUCCUCUGUGGCAGCUGCUGCGACUGCCUGGCUCGUUGCUGUCGGAGGAGGAAGGAGCUGAAGGCGAGGACGGUUUGGCUUGGCUGCCCCGAGAAAUGCGAGGAGAAGUACCCCAAAAACGCCAUCAAAAACCAGAAGUACAACAUCUUCACCUUUGUGCCUGGGGUUCUCUACCAGCAGUUCAAGUUCUUCCUCAAUCUCUACUUCCUGGUGGUGGCCUGCUCCCAGUUUGUGCCGUCUCUGAAAAUUGGAUACUUGUACACGUACUGGGCACCUCUGGGCUUCGUGUUAGCCGUUACAAUAAUGCGAGAAGCCGUGGACGAGGUGCGUCGCUACCAACGGGACAAAGAGAUGAACUCUCAACUCUACAGCAAGCUCACAGUGCGAGGUAAAAUUCAAGUGAAGAGUUCAGACAUACAAGUUGGCGACCUCAUCAUCGUUGAUAAGAACCAAAGGAUUCCUGCAGACAUGAUAUUCCUGAGAACAUCGGAGAAAAAUGGUUCGUGUUUCAUCAGAACGGACCAGCUGGACGGAGAAACGGACUGGAAGCUGAAGGUCGCUGUGGGGUGCACGCAGCGGCUUCCUGCAGUGGGGGAUCUGUUCUCCAUCAGCGCCUACGUGUACGCCCAGAGGCCUCAGCUGGACAUCCACAGCUUCGAGGGGAACUUCACACGGGAAGACGCAGAUCCACAGGUCCACGAGAGUCUGAGUAUUGAGAACACGCUUUGGGCCAGCACAGUUGUUGCAUCUGGCACGGUGAUCGGGGUGGUGAUCUACACCGGCAAGGAGACCAGAAGCGUACUCAACACAUCCUAUGCCAAGAACAAGGUGGGCUUACUGGACCUGGAGCUGAACCGGCUCACCAAGGCCCUGUUUCUGGCCCAAGUGGUUCUGUCUGUUGUCAUGGUGGCAGUGCAAGGGUUUGUGGGUCCUUGGUUCCGCAACCUCUUCAGAUUUGUUGUGCUUUUCUCCUACAUCAUCCCCAUAAGUUUGCGUGUAAACCUGGACAUGGGGAAGUCGGCCUACGGCUGGAUGAUCAUGAAGGACGAAAACAUCCCCGGGACUGUGGUGAGGACCAGCACCAUCCCAGAAGAACUUGGCCGGCUGGUCUACCUGCUGACCGACAAGACCGGCACUCUGACACAGAACGAAAUGGUCUUCAAGCGGCUGCACCUGGGGACGGUGUCCUACGGCACCGACACCAUGGAUGAGAUCCAGAACCACAUAGUCCAGUCAUAUGCACAGGUGACCUCCCAGCCCUCCAACAGCGGCCCCAGUGGCUCUACUCUGCCGCGGAAGCCCCAGACGUCGGGCCCGAAAGUCCGCAAGAGUGUCAGCAGUCGCAUCCACGAGGCGGUGAAGGCCAUCGCCUUGUGCCACAACGUCACGCCCGUCUACGAGUCGCACGCCGCCGUCAACGGUGAGACGGAGUCCGCCGAAGCCGACCAGGACUUCAGCGAUGACAACCGCACCUACCAGGCCUCCAGUCCUGACGAGGUGGAGCUGGUGCGCUGGACGCAGAGCGUCGGUCUCACCCUGGUGAACAGAGACCUGGCCUCCCUGCAGCUGAGGACUCCCUCGGGACAGAUUCUCUCCUUCCUCAUCCUGCAGAUCUUCCCCUUCACCUCCGAGAGCAAAAGGAUGGGCAUCAUCGUCAGGGAGGAGUCGACGGGAGAAAUUACUUUCUACAUGAAGGGCGCUGACGUUGCCAUGGCGAGCAUCGUCCAGUACAACGACUGGUUGGAAGAAGAGUGUGGGAACAUGGCCCGAGAAGGCCUGAGGACGCUGGUGGUGGCGAAGAAGUCUCUGUCCGAGGAGCAGUAUCAGGACUUUGAGAACCGCUACAACCAGGCGAAGCUGAGCAUCCACGACCGAGGGCUGAAGGUCGCGGCCGUGGUGGAGAGCCUGGAGAGGGAGAUGGAGCUACUGUGUCUGACCGGUGUGGAGGACCAGCUGCAAGCAGACGUUAGGCCCACGCUGGAGCUGCUGAGGAACGCCGGGAUCAAGAUCUGGAUGCUGACGGGGGACAAGCUGGAGACGGCUACGUGCAUCGCCAAAAGCUCCCACUUGGUGUCCAGAAACCAGGACAUCCACGUCUUCAAACCGAUCUCGAGCAGAGGAGAGGCCCAUCUGGAGCUCAACGCCUUCAGAAGGAAACAUGACUGUGCUCUGGUCAUCUCUGGAGACUCCUUGGAGGUGUGCCUGCGGUAUUACGAGCACGAGUUCGUGGAGCUGGCGUGUCAGUGUCCGGCGGUGGUCUGCUGUCGCUGCUCUCCCACUCAGAAGGCCCAGAUCGUCACGCUCCUCCAGCAGCACACAGCCAACAGAACCUGCGCCAUAGGAGAUGGAGGAAAUGAUGUCAGUAUGAUCCAGGCUGCAGACUGUGGUAUUGGAAUUGAAGGAAAGGAAGGGAAGCAGGCGUCUCUGGCUGCAGACUUCUCCAUCACUCAGUUCAAGCACAUCGGCCGCCUGCUCAUGGUUCACGGCAGGAACAGCUACAAGCGCUCUGCGGCGCUGGGUCAGUUCGUCAUGCACAGAGGAAUGAUCAUCUCCGCCAUGCAGGCUGUCUUCUCUUCAGUAUUUUACUUUGCCUCUGUGCCGUUGUACCAGGGUUUCCUCAUGGUCGGGUAUGCCACCAUGUACACCAUGUUCCCUGUGUUCUCCUUGGUUCUGGACCAGGACGUGAAGCCAGAGAUGGCGCUUCUCUACCCAGAGCUUUAUAAGGACCUCACCAAGGGGCGCUCGUUAUCUUUCAAGACUUUCCUCAUUUGGGUUCUGAUAAGUGUGUAUCAAGGCGGCAUCCUCAUGUACGGCGCGCUGCUGCUGUUUGAGUCUGAGUUCGUGCACGUGGUCGCCAUCUCCUUCACGGCGCUGAUCCUCACCGAGCUGCUGAUGGUGGCGCUGACCGUCCGCACCUGGCACUGGCUCAUGGUGGUGGCCGAGUUCUUCAGCCUGGGCUGCUACCUGGCCUCGCUCGCCUUCCUCAACGAGUACUUUGGCAUAGGCAGGGUGUCCUUUGGAGCCUUCCUUGGUAGGUGUGCUGCCUGUCAACGCGUCUGCUCGUCCGUGUGCCCUGACGAUGCUUUAACUUUGUCAGCAUGUUCUGUCUCUUCCGCUCGCGUCAUUCCACUGUUCCGUUUUCGUAUUCAGUGCUGUGACAAAGUGAUUGGAUUCGAUGCGUCGUCCGAUUUUGAAUGUCGAGUGUUGGUGUUGCUUUUUCGCCGCUUGCGUUUCUUUCGUUGCUCCAUUGACUUGCCUCCGUCCCGUGGAAUCAUUCACACGAUGCACUGGUGCGUGUACCUGAACCCUCUCCUCUUCUCUUUGCUCCCCCCAGACCUGUCCUUCAUCACCACCUGGCCUUUCCUGUGGAAGGUGUCCGCCAUCACGUUGGUCAGCUGUCUUCCUCUCUAUAUUAUCAAAUACCUGAAGCGCAAGUUCUCCCCUCCGAGCUACUCCAAACUGUCCUCCUGAGCCCCGCUCGGAUCACUGGGAUUACGUCGCUUUUGUAGUUUUGCGGUGCUUCUUUGAGCUUUCAGCACUUUCUACUUCUUUUUUUUUUUUCCCCCACUCACUGAUUGUGAGUGAUGGAAAGGUGAGGAACCACUGGAACAAUCGCACAUGGAGAGAAAUGAAAUGUUCUUUGGAUUAUGUCACUGAGACUUGGGAUUACUUGAAAAACACACGACAUCAAUGACUCUGAAGGGCGGAAGGGCGGCGCGGUGCGAGAGGCGGCGCUUCUAACGUGACCCCGGUUUGUCGGUGAAAAAAGGGUCAAUCUGCCUUCUUUUGGUUUUUGAAACGAAUCCGCUUCAAAUGUCAUUUUAUACACUGCGUUGCUUUCAUUGUUUCGAUUUUUAUACGUGAGGUUCGGAAUGCUUUUAAAGUGUUAUUUUUUUUUAUUCCAGGUAUUAUAAUAAAUAGAUUUGCUGUCCUGCGUCUUUGAGCAGAGGUAAGUUGCUGUAAGGGAUAAAAGAGAAAAUAAAAAGUCAUUCAUCUGAAUGUUUUCCUGCCUCUCUGUAAGUAAAGAAAUCCUUAAAUACAUGAAUCACUCCUGCUGUCAACGUAAGAGCUCACUGCGCCUCUUAAAACGAGAACGUAUACGAUGAGAUCCGCGCCUCGUCAGCGCGCCGGCCUUCAUCACACGGGCACGUCGCACGCGCCCUCCUCGCUUUGUGCCUCAUCAUUGCUGUUAAUGUGACUUCAGACAGAUCUCAACUUCCAGGAGCACCAAAACGUUUUUGGAAAGGACCGAAGUACUUAAAUAAGUGAGAAUGAUUUUUUUUCGGCCUUAAUUGUCAAUGAGACUCUUUUGGGUUUCCGUAGCAGACGUGGACAUUCAGCUCUUGGUUUUGUUUUUCGGGGGGGAAUGAGUAUUGUAACUGGCUUCAUGUACUAACGAGAUGCAGUCACGUUGUAUUUCUGUGGGAAUCCUAUUUGAGUCCAACUCAGGUCGAUCAUUCCUAAACAGCUGUUAUUCGGUCCAAAUCGAGAAGAAAACCCUUCUGUGUGAUCUGUCUUCACUAAGAGGAAGAAUACCAGAUGUGAUUAUGUGGGUUGAGAGCGACUUCGACACUUUAAAGCAAUUCCACUUGUUUUAACAUUUCUGAUUUACGGUCUUAUGAGGAGCAACUGUUGAUUCCUGUUUUUUUCUGUUGCGGUCUGUGAUGUUGUAUAAACUUUUCUUUCUCGUCAAGUUGCUUUUCCUGUAACGAUGUCUGUUAUUUAUAUGUUAGUAUCUGAUAAAUAAUAAAAAGAGACAACAGAUA